AUGAACUCAACGGAACCCGAAGAUGGACUCUCUCCAGAUGAGUCAGCUGCCAUCCAUCUGUAUACUUUAGAAUGGGAUGUGCAUGAAAACAGCUUAUACAUGGCGCUGAAUCGAACUCUUCGUCUGGCUGAUCGUACAAAACUUCAGCCGUGGUUUAGAUUUUUGAAGCUGUUUCUUACAGCUUUUUACAAAUUGCCGCGAAGCGAACACACACUUGUUUGGCGUGGUGUACGCGAAGAUCUCAGUAGCCUUUAUCCAAAGGGCAAAGAAUUUGCUUGGUGGGCAUUUAGUUCCUGUACUGCUGCAAUAAGUGUUCUUGAAUCGCCGAAUUAUUUGGGAAAAUCAGGCACAAGAACAAUGUUCUCCAUUCAAACCAACAGUGGAAAAGAAAUUCGUGCCCAUUCAUAUUUUGAGAACGAAGAUGAAAUUCUUCUUCCUCCUGGUAUUUAUCUCAAAGUGAUUGAUAGUUUGAAUCCAGCUGAAGGUCUACAUAUUAUUCAACUUCGUGAGAUUCCACCACCAUAUCAAAUGCUGACUGAACCUUUUGAUCUCACUGAACUGAAUUCAGCUUUACCACAAGCAAAGUCAUCAUCAUCUGCAUCAACAGCAAGUAAAAAGCAAGAAAAUUAUUCAGCAGCAGAUGCUAUACCGAAGCCAUUUAUACAAGCAUCGUCAAAAAACAGUUAG